AUGGAUUCCACUUCUGGUUCCCUUCCAGCUGGCUGGUUCGAGGAGGUUCGCAAGGCUGCUCGAGCUAACAAUGAUGCUCGAACUGACAAGGCUGCUCGAGCCGACAAGGCUACUCGAGCUGACAAGGCUCCUCAAAAGGAGAAAGUCAGCGCUGCUUGGCUCUUUCUUGCACCCGAACCCUCCGACCUCGUCACCCUGAACUGCGGCGGCAAGACCUUCCGCUUCAACAAGGCCAUGCUCACCAAGAACUCCGAGUACUUCCGCGCCUGCCUCACCAACGCCUCCUUCACCGAGGGCCAGACCUCCACCAUCGACUUCGACGACGACAUCGACCCCGAGCACCUGGGCAUCUACCUCCACCUCGUCUACUCCAAGGCCACCGGCUUCGAGGUCCACCUCGCCAGCCUCCAGAACCUGAGCGAGCCCAGAGACCUCCGCGCCCUCGUCAAGGUCUACCAGCUCGCCGACCGCUUCCUCAACGAAGACCUCCGUCUCGACAUGGCCAACCUCAUCCUGAACACCGCCGACAAGCUCGCGCACAAGGACGCGGGCGGACUUUUGAUGACGGAGGAGAAGCGGAUCUGGUGGCUCAAGAACUUCAAGAACGGCUUCGAGGCUUUGGACAAGCACAACCCCGACCAGAUCCGACUCCGCUGCGAUCUCGCCGCCGCCUUCGCUCGGGGAUUCCCGUCCGAGCACUUGAGACCCAUCGUCUACCUCAUUGAGGACAAUCAGGAGUUCUUGCGCGAGCUGUUUCUAGCCAUGGCGGAGAGAGUCUCCUUGCUGCAGGAUGAGGCCUCCAAGAACUUGAAGUCGAUACAGAGGGGCAUUGGCUUGUUCGGCCGCUCUUUGGACAAUAGCGAUUAUACUGCGUAUGCUUGA